GAUCUGGUAUGAUAUUGAUUGCAGAAAUUUCUAUACGACUCUUGCGAAUUUCAACCUUGUUCUUCUCCAUGAUUUAGGAAAACUACAACUAUUUGGUGCACGAUCUAAAAUAGCUGCAGGCUAAUCCUCCGCUAAUGUUCAUAAUGUUAUGUGGUACACAAUAUGGGUAUUGGAUCUUAUAGAAUUAUAGAGUUGGCAGGGUCUGAAAAUCAUGGUGUUGGUGUUUCAGCCUAUCAAACGCUAACCCGUCUCGCGGUGCGCCACCGCCUGUCGCGGCCGCCCCCGCCACCUCCCGCCGCGGCCGCCGCCCCAGCUCCAGCCGUGGCUGCCGCCCCACCUCCAGCCGCGGCCGCCGCCCCCACGUCCCACCGCGGUCGCUCCCCGCGCCAACAACCCCUUCCCCCGCCACCGCGCCACGGGUCCACUUCGCCAUGAGCUCCAGCGCCGACCAUCCCGCCGCUGCUCGUGAUCCCCUCUUCCAUCAGCUCCACUUCACCGGAACCGAAAAUCAGCCAAGAUACACAACAAACAUAUCAACCGCAGCUAUCUGCUAUGCGCACAUGUGUGAAAACAAACUUAUUAAUCCUUUGCCGUAGACAAUACUGAAGCACUAACACAAACAAGAUCCUUCUGAAGAUAGUCUCUGAAUGCAAAUGAUCAUGACUUAUGAAUUUGGAGCCAUGGCCCAUGUGUAGGCAAGGGCAAUGAUCCCAUUUACUACUUGAGCGGUCCAACAUAGAUUAUUGAAGGUUGUUUCUGAAGUUGUGAUUGACUGGAACCAAAGGAAAGUUGGAGACUUUUUUGGUGUCAAUUGCUUGGAUUAAGUGGGAGUGAAGAUGUUCUUUCUGUCUAUAUCUGGUUCUAUUAUUGGCAAAUUUGUGCCUUCGAGAUUGCUGCGAGUGUUUGUGUUCUCGAGCUGAAAAUUUAGAUUAUUACCAUGUUUGGUCUCCUGAAUAUAAAUCAUGAUUCUUUGCAUCUCAAUUGCAGACCAGCAGACCUUUCCGUCCUCAUAUUCCCCGGAUUCGUUUUCUGCGAUCGAGCGCCCGAGCGGUUGCAUCUCGACGGCAGUUCCCUUUACAACCGAGUUAGCUUUAUACUAUGAGCAGUGAGCAAGUCAUGUAUAAAGCAAAAACAAAAUAUUGGUCUGCUAUCAAAUGGUACAUUUAUUUGAACUCUAAGGGCAGGUUCAGGGUCUCAUGAAGAGGGCAUGUGUUUGUAUUAGAUCAGAAGGUUUUGCAGUUGACAAGCUUACAGGUUUGAGCACCCCGAACAACGGGGUGGACCCUUUGACCUGUGGGUUCUGCUGGUACCAAGAGAAGGAGGUUCCUUUUAACCUGCAGGAGCUCUACCAAUGGCAGCGUGCUUUCCUUGACAAUGACGUGGUACUGCACGUAUGCAAGAUGCAGCGAGUGAAAUCGGCGCAAGAGGGCAUCUUGCAAGCAGCAACAAAUCCUAUAUUAUGGGACCGAGCAGCCGCGAUGGCCACUAGAAAAGUUGGCUCUUGCUUUGGUGUUUGGUGGGCAGCCGCAUCCCGCCCCUCCUCCAACCUGAGCUACUGUAGAUUACAAAUGCUGGGUGCAAAACUCCAACAAUACUUCCAUCUGCAGCAACAAACUCUGGUAGAGUUAACUCACGUCAGCAUAAGGCAUGAAGCUUUGGAAUUUGCAGAAAAAGUACUUACACUAAGAGGGCACCAUGGUACAUGUACGUGUCAAAAACAUCAAGUUCAAAACUUCGUGGCAUGCUUCCACCCAAUGAUUAGUCAACAUGAUAUCAAAUUUCAAGGAACCAUUGGUGCGCAUAUGCUACUGCCACAAAAUCAAUUUCCCAUCUACUUCUUAUUUCAGUCACAUGAAUGGGAUCAAUGCAAAGUAAGAUUGCAUUCUUAUUCCAUUUAUUAUUGCCCAAAUCAUUUAUCAUAGUUUAGACGGCAUACUCAUCUUGCUUCUAGUUUCCUCGAAUGGUCUCUCAAUCCAUGUACCAGAUCAUUAGAUGGCACGCAUGUAUGAUGUAUAUACUUUGCCUUUACUCUGCAUUUUUAUUUGUCCUUUGUUUAUGUUUCGAUGCCCAUAUUUCAGCAAUUAGCAAGUGCUUCAACAUACUAGGAAGAAGUUCUUGUGGUCCGGAGUUGGAAGGAUCAAUAAAAACAGUAAUCAGUGACUUGCUUUCUUUCUGAAAACAUAUCUGAAAGGAGGCUUGUUUGAAGUUCUUGUGGUCCGGAGUUGGAAGGAUCAAUAAAAACAGUAAUCAGUGACUUGCUUUCUUUCUGAAAACAUAUCUGAAAGGAGGCUUGUUUGACAUAUGUUUCGAUGCUCAUAUUGCAGGGUUUAGUGACUGCAUCAACAUUGUAGGAAGAAGUUCUUGUUUUCUGGAGUUUGAAACAUCAGUAGUACGCUUUUGAGAUGCUCUUAGACCCUUUUUUUUUUACAAACACAACAAUGUAGCUACUCCAUUGAAUAACUUACCUUGUGUUGGUAUUCAUCGUUAUAAAUAACACUGAGUCUUGU